AUGAUUCUCCACACCGCAGCCCUCGCUGCCAUCCUUGCAAUAGCCUCAACCUUUCCCACCGAGUUGAUCGAGCGCCAAUACGGUCAAAUUAGUGGUGGUGCAGCAACCUGCACUGAAGACACCAGCUACUCCGUCGAUGCCCAAUCUGCACCCUUCGAAACCCCCGAAAGGAUAGGAACAGACCAAUUCUGUACCUCCACCAAGUCCGACACCUGCACCGUCGGAGCAGGCUACUCAGUCAGCAUCGGCGUCACCAUCACCGUUGGAGGCGGUCUGGAUCUAAGCGAGAUAUUGUCCGUAACCGGCAGCGUCUCCUGGUCCUACACCACAACGCAAUCCACCACCGUCGGCGAGACAUGUCCCAAAGGCGGCUUCGUCUGCGGCCUGAUGUACAAGAACACGAACAUCGAAGUCAAGGGUGAUAAGAUCAGGAAGUAUGCGGAUAAUUGUGGUGCGAUCAAGGGCCAGGAGAUUGGACGUGACCCCUACGUGUUUCAGGCGCCGGCGCUCACGGCGGGCAGGGUUAUUACCGAGUAUGCCGUCUGUAUCUCGAAUACGAAUGGGCCUAAACAUUUGGCGAAGAGGCCGAAGGGGAUUCAGUUGUGUCCGAGCGGUGCGUAG